AUCCACACAGCAGGAGUAAAUUCAUUCUAGAUUCGAAUCAUAUGUAGGAGUGUUAUAAAAUUUAGGGUCUCCUUCAUUUUAGCAUUUCUUCUGACCCUGAAGCGGUGGGCUUUCUAGGCUUCUGUCCGGGGCCGGCCCCGUGUUUUUGGGUUCUGUUGUUUUGCUGGAGUAGAGUGGUGCUUAAUCAACUUGGCGCAUCUUAACUAGGAAUGAACAAAUUUAAGGCCAUGGCGGGAAUGGGGAGUUCAAUGUUAUAUUCUCUUCUGCUAUUUAUUAUCAUUCUCUCACUCCAAGAAAUGUAUAGAGGGAAGUUAGCAUCAUCGGAGUUAUUCACUAUUCUUGGAGGGUUCACCAGUUCUCUUCUAUUUGUUGUGUUGCUGACGUUCAUUGGGAAUUACCAGGAAACUAUUGGCAUCAAGACAGGAUGGGGUGCUGUUAUAUUUGCCGAGGCGGUUGCUCUUAUCGCUGCUAGCACUGUUCAUCGAGUUUGUAUUACAACAUGCUUCUUGUUCUCUGCUGGACUUCUGUACGAGAUCAACAAGCUUUCAGGGAUGACACUUUCCAAAAGCGAAUCUAAAACAAGAAGGCACUGAGGAACAUGUUGAAGAUUUUGUUGCAUUUUCCGUAGAUUUGAGUUUGAACCUUUGGACAUUAAAUGUGAGUUGUUUUUUACAUUGAGGAAUUAGAACAUCUACAGCACUCACGGGGGACCGAUAGUAACACUCGUUGAAGUAAGUUUUCGAACGGAGAAUGUCAAUGCAAUUAGACCCGGCUCAUCUCUCUA